AACUGAUAAUAGUUUUCAAUAGUCAAGAAAGCUCCUCUGUGAUUCUUCGAAUGAAAAUUGUAAUUGAAUGCCACGUCCAUUUUGUAUGGAAAUAAGAGAAUCAUAUCUUUCUAUUCAGGCCUGUUCCAUAAUAAUUUGAAAUUCUGUGAUACGGAAACGGCUGAUAGUAUUAUUAUAAGCACGGACUUUUUUAUUACUCUUCUCCUAUGUCUAGUGUCUAGUUUGAGCAGAUGAAACUGUGAGCUGACUGUUUCACCUGUUAAUCGAAGUACUGAAAAUCCUACAUAAUAUUGAGAGCUGCUUUUUAUGUUGAUUGCUCAUUGUUCUUCGAUAUAAAGAAAAAACCAAUCAAGGUUCUUUGUCAUUUUUGAACUUUGCAAAGAGAUACAGAGAAGCUGAAAUUAGAAAAAUGAAGUUUCGCACCUACCUUUGUGCUGUAGGCCUACUUUCCAUCACGUUUGUGGAAGCAUUUCUUCUUCCCGACCCCACGACUCACAAGAAUUGGAACCUAGUAAAUCAUGACAAUUGCGGUAUUCAAAACAACCAUAUCGAGCAGAGACAAUUAUUGAUCAGCUUUGUGCGAGAUGCCAACAUCGGAGAACAUCCCUGGGUCGUCUCUGUUUACAUUCAGAACCCCGCGGUUGGCGAUGUUAUUAACCACACGAAUUGCAUGGGCGCAAUCAUCACAGAUCGUCACGUGUUGUCUGCCUCCAGCUGUUUCAACAAGUUUGGAUCCCAAGAGGUUCCAUAUCAUUCGGUAAGAGUGAGGGUUGGAGAAUUGGACAAGGGUACCAAUCCGGAUUGUUCCAGCGACAACCAUUGUGCUCCAAAGUAUAAUGAGUACGAAAUAGCCAAAGUGACAUACCACUCUGGCAACGGGUAUGCCGAGGAUGGCAUGAAUAUAGCGCUGCUCACAACUGACCGUCAAAUGGAGUUCAACAGUUAUGUGGCGCCGCUUUGUUUGGAGCACGGUGAUCUGAUGGAAACCGACUAUGGAGGACAACUCGGCAUCAAACUGAGUGGUUGGGGCAAAAAUAAUGAUUCCAAUGUUGAGGAGAAAAAGCUGAAGCAGGCUCGAGUCCUGGUGUUAACCGAGGAGGAGAACACGCAGGUGUUCAACCAACUGCGGGGCUCGUUCCUACGACGGGCGAACCGCGAGUCCAGUUUCUGUGUGGGACAGACAGGCGGCGAGUCACGACACGACACCGACAUCGGAGGGCCUUUCAUGAUGGAGAGGGCUGUGGGUUCGGACAGGGCUCGGAUGUAUCUGGUGGGCAUUCUCUCUUUUUCGACCGACCGUGUAAACCUGCCUCAACAUGGUGUUCCCGAUGUCUACGUCAAGGUCAAGUUUUUCUGGCCGUGGAUCCUCGACCAGAUCGAUCCUGAUUUGUUGCCCACUGACCUUCCUCACACCUCUUGAAUAACCUGAAAUAUCACUGUUGAAUAUUGCGGUUGAAUAUCACUGUUGAAUAUACUGUCAAAUAAUACUGUUUAAUAUCACUGCUCAAUAUCACUGUUUAAUAUCACUGUUGAAUAUGACUAUUGAAUAUCACUGUUGGGGCCGUUUGCACAGUCAAAGCUGAAACUCGAUUCAAUCAGCUGAUGGCUUGAAUCAAAAUGAAACACAUUAUAACAAAUUAGACUUGAUACGGAUUUAAUCCAGUUCAAAAUGAAAUUUAGUUUAAACUGUCACUGUGUAAACGGCCCAAAGUAUCAUAAUAACGCAAACUAUUACAGUUUUUAAAUAUCACUGAUAGUAUCAUAAUAACGUGAAAUAUUACUGUUGGAUAUUACUGUUGAAUAUUACUGUAGAAUAUUGCUGUUGAAUAUCACUGUUUGAUAGUUUGUAAAGUAUUACUGCAUUAAACUUUUUCAGGUAUCACUGUUUUAAAAGUUUGUGAGAAGAGCAAUUUUGGUCUGAGCUUGCUGCUUUCUCACCGUAAUAACUACAAUUAUAAUGUCCCGGUUGCACAAAGGCCGGUUGAAUUUUUGAAAAGGCUUGGAGAAGGCUUUUUUGAACGGUCGGCUCCUCUGAUUGGUUCUCUUGGAAUUUGAUCACGAUUAAAAUUCAACCGGCUCUUGUGCAACCGUCACAAGAAGAGCAGUUUUGGGCUAAGCCUGCAGUAAUAUUUAUAAAAGCCAAUGAAGCUUAAUAUUUUAUAAAGAAGCUAUAAUAUAGCCUUAAGCUGUAAUAUUUAUAAAGCCAGUGAUAUUUUUAAGCCAACAGUAAUAUUUAUAAAAUUUGAAAGAAGAGCAGUUUUGGGCUAAGCCUGGUGCUCUCUCUCUCUCGGUGAUAACUACAUCAUGAUUUGUGGUUGCAUAAAUAAUGAAUGGAGAAACUCACCCUAAUAAAUAGUAAUUCUGUUCUAUCACAAUUAUUUAAUAGAAUGUGAUUGAAAUCAACGUAUGGACGUCAUUAUUUUGAUGAUAAAGUUUAAUUGUGGAUUGAAAAUUAUUGCUUUUAGUUCAUUGCUAUUGAAUAGUAAAAUGUGAUACAUUUUUCUGUAAUAUUUUGAUUUUGUAUUCUGCUGCUUUUCAAUGUAGCCUAUAAUUAUUUGAUGUAUACCGAUGUGAACAAUAAAACAUAAUUUGAUUUGAUUUAAAUUCGUUUAGCCUGUUAUGCUUUCUCAUAUAAGUAAUAUUAUACUUACUCCAUACUUAUUAUGUUUUGUGAUUGUAUAAAUGAAUGGAUAAAUUGAAUAAAAACACAAAUAUGUUGUCAAA